GUAAGGUUGGGCAAACGAAACCUAAGAAACAGAUUGCAGUCCUACUUGUAUUGGAUUUCGAGUUUGAUUAUGAAGUGAUAGACGGUAUCAUAAGCAUGUCUCAGAAGGAUCCCUGUCAGAAGCAAGCCUGUGAAAUCCAGAAGUGCUUACAAGCUAACAAGUACAUAGAGAGCAAGUGUGAGGACGUGAUCAGAGCAAUGUGGAGGUGCUGUGAGGUGCACACUGCUCAGAGAUCAGUCUGCUGCUCAGGGUUUGUGAAGGAACAGGAAGAGACCAUCAAGAACACAUCACCUCCUAUAACACUUGAGAAGGCUGCACAGUGUUAAGAUAUUGUUGAUGUACAGUGUUAAGAUAUUCAAUAAAUUAUGUAAAAUAGGCAAGAUGGUUUUUGUUUUAAAUUAGUUUAAGGUAACAGAUGUUUUCUAUUUUCAAUAUUCUUUACAAAGAAGUGUCUCCAUACUAAGAACCAUCACUAUUUUAAGCACAUGUUAAUAAUGACACUUGUGUACUUUAAUUGUUCUUCUAUACUAGGUUUCACAGAUGAGCUAUGUGGUUAAGCAAUGUUAUUAUUGUCCUGGGUAAAAAACAAAACUAGUGACAUAGACUUUGAAAACAAUUAAGCAAAAUAACUGACAGCAUUCCCACUCCCAAUUUCCAGUUUCCCUGUAGCGAGACAAUCUGGUUUUGAGUAGAGUGGUCAUUGUCCCACAGAAAACUCCAGGAAUUUGUAAUCUUGAAAAACGCUGGUAACAAAAAAAACAUUUUAAAAGAGAUUGAAAAACAUUAGAGGUUGCAAAAAUUGGGU